AUGACAUCCUCAUCUACAGGUAUGUAUGUAUCUGUAGAUUUUCAUUACAAUGGAUUCUUUUCGCCAAACCCAUUGGUGUACUUAGACCCCGUAAAAACAAAUGUACGUGAUGUGGAUUUUGGGGGAUUUACGUAUAAAGAGUUUCUUUUGUGGCUUACGAAAUUAACCAAUGGAGUCUGUGAUAAUGUCUACUACUGUAUGAGAAAGGAAAGCUUGUGUGAGGGUAUUAGAAGAAUCGACAGUGAUGUUGAUUAUUGGGAGUUUGUGGAAAUUGUUUAUAGUCUGGAGAGUGAUAGUCUUGAGAGUGAGUUAGAUGUGUACAUUGACCACCGAAAUGAACCAAUUCUUGAUUGGGCUGAUAACGAGGCCUUAGCAGAUGGUAAAGGGUAUGAGUCGGAUGAGUUUGAUGUAGAGGAUGAAAAUGAUUAUGAAGUUUCAGAGACAAUGGAAUAUGAACAUGAAUGGGAUGAUGAAGAGGAACAUACUUUUGAUAAAACAGUUGGAGACCCAUUCUUGGACAAACUUUCAGGGCAUAUUAAUGAUGAUGAUGAAGAGGAAGCAAACAAUGGGAAAGAUAAGGAUGUUGUGUUCCCUGUCCAUAAUGAGAAUCAAGAAUGGGAGCAAAUGGUGCAAGUUUUGGGUUAUUGGUAA